AGUUUGUGAUCUCGCUUUAUUCUCACUUUACAGUACAUCAGCUCAGCAGCGCUGUGAGAGCGUCCUGCAGUGUGAGGAAACGUGUGAGGAGUUACUGCUGACAAUGUGAAAGAGUGCUUUUUAAACCAAGUCUUCUCCUGGAAAGGAUUUUGGCAUCUGUUCGUGCUGCGAUUAGGAUCCGGGCGGAGGUGCAGCAGGCAGGCAGGUGGCGGGGCUGCUAAGUUGAACCCGGUGGAGAGUUGCACUCCACCUCUUUACUCUUUCAUGAAAUCGUGUGGAGUGUCGGUGGCCUCUGCAGCCUGCACCGCCGCCACUGUUUCCACCGCUACUGCUGUUCCGACUCUCGGCGAUGAUGAGGAAAAGAAAAUGGCGGCGCGGAAAGCCUGUGAAACCGAAGAGGACUUUCCAAAGCUCACAGCACAGGAACAGGAAUGCCUAGACGGUAUUAACAGUUCAAUGUUUGGAUUUCAGGGGCUUCAUGAAGAUGGCGCCAGAACGAAGGCCUUGCUGUUAAAGGCCAUCCGCUGCUAUGAUGGCUACAUUCUUAAAAAUGAAGGAAAAGUGGAACCUGAGGUUUUUUGCCAGUUGGGGCAUUUCAAUCUUUUAUUAGAAAACUACCCAAAAGCGUUAUCUGCAUACCAGAGGUACUACAGUUUACAAUCAGACUACUGGAAGAAUGCUGAAUUUUUAUAUGGCCUAGGCAUGGUUUACUUCCAUUACAACGCAUUUCAGUGGUCAAUAAAGGCCUUUCAGGAGGUGCUUUACAUUGAUCCUACGUUUUCUAAAGCCAAGGAGAUCCAUCUGCGGUUGGGGCUGAUAUUUAAAGUUAACACGGAUUAUGAGUCCAGCCUUAAGCAUUUUCAGCUGGCUUUAAUUGACUCUUCGUCCUGCAAUUUGUCCAAAGCUGAAAUUCAGUUCCACAUUGCUUAUAUAUAUGAAAUUCAGAAGAAGUACCGUGCGGCAAAAGAAGCUUAUGAAAGUCUGUUACAGACCGAGAAUCUUCCAGUGCAGGUGAAGGCAACUACUUUACAACAAUUGGGCUGGAUGCAUCACACAGUAGAUCAGCUAGGAGAUAAAGCCAACAACAGCAGCUAUGCUAUUAAGUGUCUGCAAAAAUCUUUGGAAGCAGAUCCCAACUCUGGACAAUCUUGGUACUUCCUGGGCAGGUGCUACUCCAGUAUUGGAAAUAUCCAGGAUGCAUUCAUCUCAUAUCGACAGUCCAUUGACAAGUCGGAAGCCAGUGCUGAUACAUGGUGCUCAAUAGGUGUGUUGUAUCAGCAGCAGAACCAGCCGAUGGAUGCACUUCAAGCUUAUAUAUGUGCAGUACAGCUGAACCACAGCCAUGCAGCUGCUUGGAUGGACCUGGGUACGCUCUACGAGUCCUGCAACCAGCCUCAGGAUGCCAUCAAAUGCUACAUUAAUGCCACCUGCACAAAGUCCUGUACCAAUGUUAACGCCCUCACGGCUCGGAUUAAGUGUCUGCAGGCUCAGUUAUACAAUCUACAACAAGGUAGUCUACCGGGUAAAAGUAAAAUGCUCCCUAGUAUUGAGGAGGCAUGGAGCCUACCAAUCCCAGCAGAGCUCACCUCCAGACAGGGAGCCUUGAAUACAAUGCAGCAGCAAGCAUGUAAAUCUAAUCAGUGUAGUGAAAGUCAAUCAAAGCUACCAGGACAGCUGCUCCCUCCACAAAUGCUCUCUUCUAGUACAGAAGACAGCCAGUCUAGUCCUUGCAAGAGGAAGAGGAUGACAAGCUUGUCCAAGAACUCUGAAACAUGGACACACAAUCCAGUUCAACAGCAGGUCCCAAACUGGUACUUAAGUCCACAGAAGCUUCAGCUUCUGGAUCAGUUACGGUCCAGCAAAGCAAACUUGAAGCCAAUGCAGCUGCAGCUGUUGGACCAAUUGGAAAAUCAACUCGUUCUUAUGAAACAUCAUCAGCUGGUGAGGCAGAAUGCUGUUGGUGAAGUGCGCCCCACUUUAUCCAAUGGUCUUCAUUCAGCAACUGGCCUCUCGCUGCCUAAUUCAGACCGGCUCUCUUUACCAGAUCGUGCACAAGCGCACACACCCAAAGUCACUCAGCCCUCAAAUCAUAGCCCCUGCACGCUACAGCCAAUGUGUAAUGGACCUGUUCCUGUGAGCCCCUCUUCCUGCAGCAAUGCUGAAGCCCUGGCUAUCACAGAAAAACACUCUGUGGGCAAUAAUCACUUACCAGGGCAGGGGAGCAAUGGAAAUGUGCCUUACCUGCAGCAAAAUGCACUACCUCAUAACUGCACAAUCCUCACCAGCAGCAGCACAGUGAAUGAUACGCUGUGGAAAAGUCAACAAGUCAGCUCCACUCAGGUAAAGGGGCUUAAAAAGAAUCCACAUUUGGUAGGUCCCAAUGGUGAGCAGCCACUUUCUUAUGCGGAUGCGUCCCUGUCUACCAAGGCAUCCUGCACUGGUGUUCUAAAUGAGCAUGGACAUUCCACACAAGAGACUCAUCUCGAUUCCCUUCCCUCUUCCCCCGUCCCUGAUUCCUCUACCUCAGGUGGACAGCAGGGCUUGACCCUGACCAAAGAGAGCAUGCCCUCCUCCAAUGGGCAUAUAUCAGGGAUGCCUAACAGCACUGCCACUGCGGGAUGGCUUAAUCACAUCCCUGCAGCUACUGCUGUGCCCGAACCCCGCUCCCCAGCUCAACCGAAUCAAGACAAUCUUCCGCUAUCUGCCUUGCUUAAGGAAAAAGCUAAUAGUACAAAUGUUAAUGUAGACAGUGAGGUGGCCACUCCUGGCAAAACAACCAACAAUGUUCAUCUGCAUGGGGGAUCUAGGACACAGGAGAACUCUGUAGAUUCAUCACCCUGCUCAGCCAUGUCAACAGCCACAUCUUUGCUUAAAUCUUCAGAGCACAACAGCACUGACAGCCUUAACAGCCCCAGACUUAACAACAUAGGACUGGAAGUCUCAAAAAUCCCAAUGGUGGACUUUCAUUUGGUCUGUCGUAAACAAGCUUCUCCUUCAGUUUUUCCAUGGUCCUCUGUCUCCAUCUACCCAAGCUCAAGGGAGGUGCUUAAAGCCUGCAGACACCUUGGGAAGAAUGGUGUGUCCACUAACAGUGUUUUGUUGGACAGGUGUCCACCUCCAAGGGUUCCACCUUCACCUUACCCUUCAUUACCAAAGGACAAACUCAACCCCCCUACCCCCAGUAUUUAUUUGGAGAGCAAAAGGGAUGCUUUCUUCCCCCCUCUUCACCAGUUUUGCACUAACCCAGCCAAUCCUGUUACAGUUAUUCGAGGACUUGCUGGGGCACUUAAACUAGACCUUGGCCUGUUCUCUACUAAGACAUUGGUGGAGGCUAACCCAGAUCACCUAGUGGAGGUGAGAACUCAGUUGUCUCAGCCCACUGAUGAGAACUGGGACCUGACUGGCACCAGAAAGAUGUGGCGCUGCGAGAGCAGCCGCUCUCAUACCACCAUCUCAAAGUAUGCACAGUACCAGGCCUCCUCUUUCCAGGAAUCUUUGCGAGAGGAAAAUGAAAAGAAAGGGCAGAAGGAUUCAGACUUAGAAUCAGCACCUGCAGAAAAUGUGGUACGACAACGACGAGGUCCAUUUAAGCACAUUAAGUUUGGUACCAACAUUGACUUGUCAGACGAGAAAAAGUGGAAGCUGCAGCUGGCUGAGUUAAGUAAGCUGCCUGCGUUUGCUCGUGUGGUUUCAGCAGGAAACCUGCUUACUCACGUUGGUCACAUCAUUCUGGGCAUGAAUACUGUCCAGCUUUACAUGAAGGUCCCAGGCAGCAGGACUCCAGGUCAUCAGGAAAACAACAAUUUCUGUUCUGUGAAUAUAAACAUUGGCCCAGGAGACUGUGAGUGGUUUGCUGUACCUGAGACAUACUGGGGUGUUAUGAAUGAUUUCUGUGAGAGGAAUAACAUCAAUUUUUUGAUGGGUUCAUGGUGGCCUAACCUGGAAGACUUGUAUGAAGCUAAUGUGCCUGUGUACCGCUUCAUCCAGAGACCAGGAGACAUGGUUUGGCUUAACACGGGUACAGUACACUGGGUGCAGGCUAUCGGCUGGUGCAAUAAUGUAGCCUGGAACGUAGGACCUCUCACAGCACAUCAGUACAAGUUGGCAGUAGAGCGUUAUGAGUGGAACAAACUCCAAAGUGUCAAAUCCAUUGUUCCUAUGAUUCACCUCUCAUGGAACCUGGCCAGAAACAUCAAAGUAUCAGACCACAAGCUCUUCGAGAUGAUCAAGUAUUGCUUGCUGAGAACACUGAAACAGUGCCAAAUGCUCAGGAAGGCUCUAAUAUCUGCCGGCAAGGAGCUGGUGUGGCAUGAAAGGACCAAGGACGAGCCAGCACACUACUGCAGCAUCUGUGAGGUUGAAGUCUUUGAUCUGUUAUUUGUCACCAAUGAGAGCAACUCGCGGAAGACAUAUGUUGUACAUUGUCAGGACUGUGCCCGGCGAGGCAGUCCCAACCUUGACAACUUUGUGGUUUUGGAGCAGUAUAAGAUUGAUGACCUGAUGCUGGUCUAUGACCAGUUCACAUUAGCCUCACCCCUGCCUUCCUCUGCAUCUUGACAAUAACAUUACCAGUCCUGAGGAUAAAACCCUGGAACACAUUAUUACCCUGAUAUUCAGGAACUGUGACCUAUUUCCACACCACUGGUUUCUGUAGCAAAUCCCACAAGGCUGCUAGUUUUAAGCUGUUUGUCUAUGCAACCCUGCCAAGAAUAGAGUGCACCCUACUGGACUGGAGUGGGCACCUCUCUAAUCUACACUUGGUACUGUUUUGACUUGUGCAACCCCAUGCCUUUGAGGAAAAAAGGCAAAUUAUUAACAAUGGACUAAUCAGUAAAAUGUGCUUGAGCUUAUAUUACAGCCUACAAAAUAUCUGAAACUACUGAAGUGUGUCUUUACAAUUUAAUCUUUUUUUUCUAUUUGUUAGAAUUUUCUCUCUUUUUACUUUUAGCUGUUUUUUUUUAUCCAAGUCUUUGUGGGCAACGAAACUAAAGAGAAUUAUAAUGUGAAGGGUAAUUAAUUUUUAAUUGUUUGUAUGUUUGUCCUUUUAAAAAUAGCAAGAAAACAAGUCACAAAAAUGGGUUGCACAUAGCUGAAAUGAACUUUUGUGAUUUUUCUAAUCUUGUAAAUGUACACUAUUUAUAAAUUCAUAUUUAUUGUUUGAAAAUAUUUGUUGAUGGAAUGCUGUUAAGAUUUUAUGGCAUUAAAUUUUAUGGAGCAAGAUGUAUUUUUUAAAA